GUGACCAGGUCAACAAACUAGAACUACAGUCUAUUUUGAAUCUCUCAAGAAAAAGCUUGUAAAAUGACAUUACAGUGGACUUUAGCGGCUGGAUUUUUGUAUGCAGAGAUUGGAGUCAUUCUACUCUUCUGCGUUCCUUUCAUUUCUCCAUCAAGGUGGAAUCAAAUAUUCAAAUCGCGUCUCAUCUCAGCUGUGUCGAGUUAUGGUAAUUUCUACUUCAAUGUAGUUGUGAUAGUCAUGAUGCUUCUGUUGGCAGACUCUGUACGGGAGAUGUACAAGUACAACAAAGUUGACGACAGCAGCCACAUGGAUUUGAAGAACAAUCCUCAAGCAGAAACUCUUAUUCACAUGAAAAAGUUUAGAGCUCAAAGAAACUUCUACAUUUCUGGAUUUGCUCUAUUCCUGUUGGUCGUUUUGCGCAGAGUUGUAAAACUUCUUGCCAGACUGUCAGUGAGUGAAGCGUCAGCUGAAGCAAGCAUUAAACAAGCCAAGGCAGCCAGUGAUCAAUGCCAACGGCUCAUGAAAGAAAACGAACAACUAGAGAAGAAACUGAAAGGUGACAAGGAUGCUAACACAGAAGAGGAAGCCAGUGAUGAAAUGAAUAAACUCAAGAAAGAAUUAGAAGAGAAGACAGAAGAGUUGUCUAAGAAGACAGAAGAUUUGGAGAAAACCAAGAAAGACUUAACAGCCUUGAAGGAGCAAGCAGAAGGUGUUACCAGAGAAUACGACAGACUCUUGGAUGAACAUUCAAAGAAGCAGGCACAAUUAGAGAAGAGUGACGAAGACAAAAAAGAUGACUAAAAUAUUAGUCAUUGUUGCCAUAACUUUGAAAUUGUAGAAUAAUAUAUGUUGUCAGAAAACAAGAGGUAGUUUGAACCACUAAAGUAAAUUUGCACAAAAUUUAUUAACAUUAUGUCAAUGGACUUGAAAAAUGCUAUCUUUCCGAGUAUAUCAGAAAGAGAAAACGGUAAGAAUGCAUAUUGAGUUUGCUAAGGUUGUGUUGAUGUAAUGUUUAAUCAAUUUUAAUACUAGUUAUAUAUGACUUUACUGAAUAUAAUAUCUGGGCUCCCUGUGCUGAAAGGAAAAUAGAAACACAGGAAGCCCAAUCUUGACCAAAUCAAAUAUAAUGUUAAAAUAGCAUAGGAUUUGUUUUACAAAUAGUAGCCACUAGUAUUCAAAUGUAAAAGUUCCCAAUAAUAAUAAUAAUAAUCAUAGUAUUCUAGGAAAAAUAUGUAUUCAAUGUACGUUUAUUAAAUAAACAUAAAUGAGAUAAUACAAAAAAUAAAAACAAUCUACAGUGAA